ACGGGAAUGUGACUUCAAUGAGAAGGAGGCGAGUGACGGAGAAGGCGGCAGGGAGCUGCAGGAAGAUGCCGCUGUGCAUCGUCCAUGGCUCCCACUUUGACCACUGGAUUGAGAGCGUUUCCAGCUGGGGCAGCUUGUGAGCAAGCAUGAUCGCCGCCGCCGACAGCGCUGAUGGAUCUGACAUCACAAUAUUGCCGAAUAUGUUCAUACUGUGCGUGCAGCUCGGGCCUCUGCUUCAGCUUCUUCACAUAGGCCUUCACACCCUGGACACUCCAGAUUCCAAUCCACCUAUCCAAGUGGAAGCGACUUGGAGGGUACCACGCUCGGCAGACGAGGCUGCACUCACUCAAAGCUUCCCAGUCAACCCACAGAUGGUUGAUCACAUUCUCCCAUACCUCGAUCGGCCUCGGUUUCCACCUCGGGAAGUUGUAUCACUGGUUCCAGCUCAGGUACUACCUCAGACGAGGCCGCACGGCCUGCCUUCCCCUUCCCGGUUCCUACAAGCUGUUGUGAUAUGAUGAUACUCCAUCUUUUCGUCCCAUCCGCGAGACGUUCCAGCUUCCAUUCGAUGGAGUCCAUAUCGUUGGAGUAGACAGUCGCGGAGGAUGACUACG